AAACUGGCUGCCAGUGUUCACGCGGCAUUACGUCUGCUCGAUGGGGUCUUUGAAGCUGCUGGUGGUGGUCGUCUGGGCGCUCUGCAGGGGCCUCAUCGUGGUGGCGUAUAUCAGGAGUGGGGGCCCGUACGAGAUCGACUUAGAGGUGUUUUCACCAUGCACUGAUAUUGGCAGUCUUGGUAUUAAAUUCAAUGUGUUCUACAGUUUUGAACAUUGCAAAGUUGCUUACAAUGGAAACCUGACGUUUCCGUAUGAUGAAGACGACGAGGAACUGCUGACUGCAAUUAGAUUUGACAAAUGGGGCAGUACUGGUGGCUGGAAAUAUGAAGGUACUUUCGAGAGGUACGACAUUAUGACAUUCAUGCUCACCUACUUUCCAAAUGCCUUCAAAAGUUUCUAUGGCAGCAUGGGCAUCACAGGAAAACCAAUGCCAGCCGGUACCUACCAAAUGGUGAACUUCAAACCGAUGGGGCUAAAACUUGUUAACCUUCCUGAAUUGCCGUAUGGACAUUUCAGGUUAAUGGCGAAUCAAUCCAAAGAUGAUAAUCCGUUAGGUUGUCUGGAGCUUCGUGUCUACGUCAGGGAGAUCCCUUCAUAGAUAGCAGGAAUCUCGAAGAAAGGCAAAAAAGGCAUGCGCAUCAUCGGCUGAAGCACAAGGAAACAGGACUAAAUCGCCUGACUGGAUCAGCAGAAAAAUAAAUAUGUAAAUGAAGUAAAAACAAAAAAAUAGAAAUUAAAAACUAAAAUAAAUAAGAAAGUAAGAAACUUCUCUCUCUCUCUCUCUCUCUCUCUCACACACACACACACACACACACACACACACACACACACAUGCACACGGACACGCACACAUACACAGACAAACAAACGCACGCUCCCAUAAAAUCGAGCGCGGAGAACGGUUUUGAAACCCAGUAGGUGCAACUCCACUCAUUUUGUACAGUUUCUAGACAAGGACGAUUUUUUUCCAAAAUGGUUAUGACCGAUUUAGUUCCUCAUCCAAGGCUGAUUUAGUUCCUCAUCCAUGUGUUAUCCGAGCUUUGCCUGGUCUCGAACGAUCUCAUUGUCGACACGAACUAGAGCCAAAGUUAUUUUUAGCUUCCAUCAUUUUUUAUCUACACUAUGACUAUCGGUUGUUCUUCAUCUGGCUAUAAAAGUAAUCUUAUAACAUUGUUGACAGGAGCCAAUUACUAUUUUAUCCAUUUUCAAAAUGUAAAGCAUAUGAUUAACUGUGUAUGUCAGCAUCGCUGACAACUAAUCAGAGAACGAUAAGUGAACCAUUUUCAUUUUCAUCGGCGUACUAUCGCCUUCACCACUCCGUGGCUCUACUUUAGCUUUUUCAACUGUGACGAUGAUGGGCCCAAACCACAAGUCUUUCUAAACAUGCUUAAACUUUUCCGAAAACAACAUUGAAGUGUUCUUCGUCAAGCGAUUCUAAUUUGAGGGCAUGGGACGCGGUCCCAGUGAGUACUUAGAUUCUCGUACGCAGAAUUUGAUGGGAGAUUAUAUAUCAGUGUGAGAUUCAUUUAAUAACUCAAUAGUCUUUUGUGUGUGUGUAGGGGGGGGGGAUGGAGGAGAGGGGGCAUCAGUUUUCUCACCUAUUUGAUGAGGCUUGCCACAAAUUUUUCUCCCGUGCCAAUCUCUUCAUGUCAGGGUAGCAGUUGCAUCCAACGUUCCGAGUUAUUUGUUGAACACAUCGCAAUCUCUGCCUUCUCUGGCAGUUUUUGCAGAUACCUUAAGUACCAUGAAAGUUAUUUCUUGAUGUCUUGACACAUAUUCUAUCGUCUUCUCACCUUGGCCUUCCUGCACUUACUAGUUAUUUUGUUCCCAAGUGACUUCUUCUGCUAAAUUCCCGUCUUUUCUUGAACAUCUUUGUACUUCCUUCUUUUGUCGAUGAACGGAAGUACAUAUUAUGUUAUCCAAAGUUCCUUUAUUGUUAUUUUCGUCGUAAUCAAAUUUUGUCAAAGUUUUGUGAUUCCCGUUUUUAGAGAUGUCUAUUCAUUUUCAAUUGAACUGCCUAUGGUGAUAUCCAUUAUAGUGGUAUUUAUAGCUAUAGUAAAUGCAAUGCAUUAUUCUCGUUAUUCUUCGGUAUUUCAGUAUCCCGCUCGACACGAGUAUGUAUCUGCUCCUGGGAAAGUCUUACAACACAAGACCUGAUUUCGAAAUCUCUGUCUGGCAAUGAUGUAAUACAUCUGGGAUCUGCCCUGUCUCCAGGAUUUUGCUAAUUAUACCUGCUCGUUUUGCGAUUUUUCAACUGUAUAUUCGCUGUGACUAGCUGGAAUAUAUUAUAGGGUUCAACUAACCUCGUUAAUAUUACUGAACUCAUAUUCUCCCCUGACUCUGUUCUCUGCUCCUUGCUCAACUCCAGCGUUUCAAUAACCUACAUUUAUUAGACUUUUAUCUCUUUUCACAUAAUGAAUUACACGUUCAGUACGCUCCUCAUACAUUGCCUCUAUCUCUUUAUCUUACGCUCGUGACGUCGGACCGUUUACGUGGACUUGUUUUUCGCAUUUUUUCGCACUCGAAUCUGAUGAGAAUAAUACUACCACUUAACUGUUCACAGUAACUCACUCUCUGCCCUUUAUUCCGACUCAGCAUUAAUCCUACUGCUGUUUACACCGUUUUCUGCUGCUGUUGAUGUUACCCUAUUUUCGUCUGACCGAAAAUCCUUAAUCUCUUUCUAUGUCACUUCACUGACCCCCCAGAAAACUUGGACUGAGCGGUCUCUUUUCUGACUUUUUACCUUCCCUACCACAAUCAUAUUUCUGGUAUUCCACUUUCCGACUCGAGGAAACAGUUUUAUGAAUUUUAUACUAAUAUACUACCAAACGAUGCCAAUAUAUUUUUCUGUAAUGCUUUCAAGGUAAACGCCAAUUGCUAGUAAAAUCACUUUUAACUUCACUUCGUAAUAAGUUGUUAUUAUUUUUGUAUAAAAUUUCCAUAAACUUUUUACAUAUAAAGAGGGUGAUUACUUCUACUUGAAAAUAAAAUUUCGUUAUCACUGUGCGGCAUUUGUCUCUCUUCACAGAACUUGAUGACACUGAUGCCUAAGGUGGUUUUGUUCAUAUAACUACGCGCUGUAUCUGAUUUAUAGUUUGAAGAACACCUUUAGAAGACUCAUGCUUACUAACUUACCGCUUAUGAGAUUUCCCACUGUUUCAUACACGUUUAUUAAACUCAUACAGCACGCCAAGAUACAAAUAUACUCAACACAUAAUCUGAGUUUCAUUUAUCUCUUGUUGAUGUAACACACUAGCUUUCAGUUUUCUAAUAAAUAUCAAUGCAGUCAGAA